UGGGGGUUUGGAGGAGGUGACUCCCUGUAGAGUAUGAUGCUGCAUCUCAUACCAGGGAAUUGGUUAUGCAAGUCAAUGUGUUUUUAAUGUCAGCUCAACCUGAACUCAUCUGAGGGUAAUAAGCCAUGGAAAAGUAGCUCUAUGCUGUCAGCUUGAUGCCCCACUUUAAGUGAACUUAAACGUUUAAGAGUGAAAGGUGGUGAUAUAAGUGAGCGUCAAGCUGGUAAGAGGAAAAGCAAAGAGCGGAGGAGGGCGGAGACACUCCACCCGUAGAGGCUGAUUUGUUCAUUCCUUGGUUCGGCAAAGGGGCGAGGAGUCAGCAUCUCCAACUUCUGUCUCCGAAAGGAAGAAGCAUCUGUUUUUGGAGAGGUCUGUGCUCACUGGCACAAAGCGCGCACUCUUCUCUGGAGGAGAAUCUGCGCUUUGGAGCACCUGGAUACUGCUAGAAGUUACCUCUUGUUUAUCAAGGUUUUUUUCCAGGAGUUGGACGACCGCAUAAGGGAGCUGUCCACCGAGAGAGAAAGUUGUUUGGGGGAAAAAAAAGCACAAGGACGAAAGGGAGGACAGACAAUAAACCAAAGGAGCGGAGAGAGGAGAGGUGACCUGGCCGAAGCGACAUGUUUGGCAUGAUAAAGAAUUCGCUCUUCGGAAACACCGAGGAGACGGAAUAUAAAUUGCUCAGCAGUGAGACGAAGGAUGGAGUUAGCUUUGAGGUGCGGCGGUACGAUGGAGCCAAAUAUGCUGUUGUUUCCUCUGAGGGACGAACCUUUGACCAAGUGACAGGGGAGCUAGUGAGGAAGCUGCUUAUGUACAUCGGCGGGAGCAAUGAACAAGGUGAGGCCAUGGGUACAGCUGCUCCCAUCAUCAUCACAGUGUACCCACGCAAUGACGGUGUUCUGUCUCGCCGCUUGGUGGUUGGCAUCCGCAUCCCCUCCAACUACCAGCAAAGCCCCCCGACUCCCGCCGACAGUGCCAUCAGGAUUGAGGAGCGGCCUGGCAUGACUGUCUACACUCUGCAGUUUGGAGGCUUCGCAGGGGAGAGUGAGUACCGAGCAGAGGCCUUGCGUUUGACACGCACCCUGGGUGAGACGGCCCCCUUUCAGCGCAAGCAGUACUUCUGCUGCAGCUACGACCCACCACUCAAGCCUUACGGACGGCGCAACGAGGUGUGGUUUCUACAAGAAGAGCCGUAAUAGCCAUUCGAUCAGAUCUGAGUCAAAUCUAAUGCUGAAUUCUUUAUUCAACCUUAAUUACCCUUUCACUGCCGACAAUCCUUUAGCUCUAACAGUAUUUGAUUGGUAAGAGCAAUAUGGUGACUUGAUAGACCUUGCAACCCAAAUGAACAGAUAGAGAUUACCCAUGUUGCCUUUACCCAUCUGAUCUUCUUGCUUGUCACACAUACAGUAGCUCCACUGAAGUUAGGUGUUCAAGCAAUGGGACAGCUUACAAUUCAACAUCAGAGCAGUAACAUAUUUUAAUUUCAUUAUCACAUUUUCUUUAUUUUCUAAUUUAAACUGACCCCUUGUAGCUUGGAGUGAUUAAAGGCUUGAAUCACUCUAAGGCUCUAGACAAAUGCAGCAUUAAGAAGUUUUAGUUAAAUUUGCAUCACUGAAAAGAAUAUGUAGCACUGUGACAGUUCUCUAAGCUGAGUGAAAAUAGAUCUUAAAGAAACUACCUUUAGAUAAACUGCUAUUUAAGCAACUCAGUGAAUAAUCUAAUAUUAAUCUGUAUUUAAAUACAACUGAGUUGAUUUUUUCAUUCCUUUUAGAAGUACAUGUUUGUCCUACAGGGUCGAUAAACUCCCUGUAGAGCUCUCAUCUCCCUGAAGAACACACAGUAGGGCUUUGCACAUCUUUUAUCUAGUUUACAAUUUAGUGGCGGCUACAGAGAAAUGUAUAGAAUUAAACAGUAGAUACAUGGUAGUAAAAAGCACACUUCCUUUUCCUGAGUAAGGAACUGGAAGGAAACAGGAGUUGAGCCAUAAAGUAGAACUAGUCUUUAUGAAUUAAUGGGUGGACAGCUGUGAGUGGAAAUUAGCUAGCUAGCUUUAGGUGUUGUUAUAAACUUUGUGGUUAUGUGUUGACCCAGAAAGCGUGCGUGUGUAAUAAAUAUUUUGUGUUGUAGUGCAUGACACCUUUAUUUAUUGAGUGUCUUGAAACAGUGUUAUAGGAUACAUCUGUACAGUGUGAUUUUCUGUGAUAAGCGUGAAUAGUAUGUUCAGGUUUGAUAGUGUUUCAUAACAUAAUAAAUAUACUGUUCAGUAGGA